AUGGCCACGUUCAUUCCCCGAGUCGCGAGAGCUUGUCAGCGUCAACAGAGGCAAGGUACCUAUGGCAUCGCGGCCUCGUACAUAGCCAAGGGCCACAAGUUCGACCCCUCGACCCACGUCUACCACGGCCACGACGCCUUCUUCGUCAGCCGUCUCGGCGACACGGGCAGCGUCGCUUUUGGCCUCGCCGACGGCGUGGGCGGUUGGGUCGAGUCCAACGUCGACCCGGCCGACUUCUCCCACGCCUUUUGCGACUACAUGGCCGCCCAGGCGUACUACCACGGCAGCGACGCGAGCCGGCCCAUCGAGCACCUCACGGCCCGGCGCCUGAUGGAGAAGGGAUACAGCGAUGUCCUCCACGACGGGAGCAUCUCGGCCGGCGGCAGCACCGCCUGCGUCGGCCUAGCGUCGCCCGACGGCUGUCUCGAGGUGGCCAACCUCGGCGACUCGGGCUUCAUCAUCCUCCGCCUCAACGGUCUCUCCGCCAUCCCUCCCGUGAUGCUCUCCCGCAUGGCCAUGUUUGGCGGUCGCGGCUUCAGCGACAUGCCUCACGACGCCGACGUGACCCACAAGUGCCUCCAACACGGCGACGUCGUCAUCUUCGCGACCGACGGCGUUUGGGACAAUCUCUUCAACCAGGAUAUCCUCCACGUCGCUAGCCGCAUCAUGACUAGCUCCGGUGCCUGGCAGAUGACUGAGUCCGGCUCCAUCCGCGUCGCGUCCGAUCUCGAAAACACCCUCGCGACCUCACUCACCGCCGCCGCCAAGAAGGCGAGCUUGGACAGGAAAUCCGAAUCGCCUUUCUCCAAGGAGGUCAAGGCCGCCUACCCCAACGAACACUGGGAUGGAGGCAAGGUCGACGAUAUUUGCGUCGUCGUGGCUGUUGUCUGUGAGGAUACCCAGCCCAAGGCCCGCCUUUGA